AUGGCUUUAGAGUCAUCUUCCGACCUUUACACCAAGCUCAUAGAAGUCUAUACUCGGCAUCGGGCGUUGCCAUCAGGGAGGGCAUUACAUGCUCGACUGAUCGUGAAUGGAUUAGCUCGUUUGACCCAUUUCGCCUCCAAGCUCAUAACCUUCUACACAGAAUGCGCACGGUUAUCUGACGCCCGGAAACUGUUCGAUAAAAUUCCCCACGCAAACGUCCGCCGAUGGAUCGUCCUAAUCGGCGCCUACGCCCGCAAUGGCUUUCACCAGGAGGCCAUGGAUGUGUUCUGUGACAUGCAGAGAGAACGUGUAAGCCCCAACAAGUUUGUUCUCCCCAGCAUUCUCAAAGCCUGUGGACAUCUCCCUGAGCAACGCACAGGGGAGAAGAUACAUGCUGUGAUUCUCAAACACAAGUUCCAUUCUGAUGCUUUUGUAAACAGCGCAUUGAUAGAUAUGUAUUCCAAGUGCAGACAAAUUGAAAAGGCCAGGCGGGUGUUUGACCUGAUGGAGGAGAGCGAUGUGGUGGCAUUGAACGCCAUGGUCUCGGGCUAUGUUCAGCACGGCUUUGUUAAGGAAGCGUUGUGUUUGGUUGAGAAGAUGCAAGCAGCGGGAGUGAAGCCCAAUGUCAUAACAUGGAACACACUGAUUGCAGGCUUUUCACAAGCUGCUGAUGAUUCAAUGGUCUCUGAGAUGUUUCAGUUAAUGCAAGCCAGUGGAGUUGAGCCUGAUGUGGUGUCUUGGACAUCAGUCAUUUCCGGGCUUGUACAGAACUUUCAAAAUGACAAGGCUUUUGAUGCAUUUAAGCAGAUGUUGCAGCUUUGCAUCUACCCGAGUUCGGCGACAAUUAGUAGUCUGUUAUCAGCGUGCGCGGCAAUGGCGGAUUUCAGGCGGGGGCGGGAGAUUCAUGGGUAUGCAGUGGUAGCCAGAGUCGAAGAAGAUAUCUUCGUGAGGAGUGCGCUGGUUGACAUGUAUGCAAAAUGUGGCUUUAUAUAUGAAGCAAGCACAUUGUUCUAUAACAUGCCUGAGAGGAACACAGUGACUUGGAAUUCCAUGAUCUUUGGAUAUGCAAAUCAUGGGUAUAGCAACAAAGCAAUCGAGCUUUUCAACCAGAUGUUAGAGGCGGGUGAGAAACUAGAUCACUUGACUUUCACAGCAGCCCUCACUGCAUGUAGCCAUGCAGGAAUGGUUGAAGUGGGAGAGAAACUGUUCCAUGUGAUGCAUUGUAAGUUCGGGAUCAGAGCAAGGUCAGAGCAUUAUGCUUGCAUGGUGGAUCUUCUUGGCAGAGCAGGGAAGCUCAGUGAGGCUUAUGAUUUGAUCAAGAUGAUGCCAAUUGGGGCCGAUUUAUUCGUGUGGGGGGCACUUUUAGGAGCGUGUAGACAGCAUGGGAAUAUAGAUUUGGCUGAAAUAGCAGCUAAGCAUCUGCGCGAAUUUGAGCCGGAUAGCCCGGGGAGCAGUCUGUUGUUGUCGAACUUGUAUGCAGAUGCUGGGAAUUGGGGAAACGUUACGAGAGUGAAGAAGAUGAUGAAGAGGAGGAAGGUCAGGAAGUAUCCAGGAUGCAGUUGGAUUGAAGCCACCUAGUAUGGCUGUAGGAGAAAAGCAAGCUUCCAAGCAAUUCAUCAUCUAGACUAGACCGACCUUGGCUGCAAGAGCAAGAUGAAAUUUUGUUUGCUUGGGAGUUGAAGAAUGAGGAUGUGGAGCAUAGAGGUGAGGACAUGUUGAAUGGAACAAGAAAGGCCUUUGGGUGCCUGGUGGUGACCAUGUUGGGGAACUGCUGCAAGGCUAAGAUGAAUAAAGAGAAAAUUCUCAAAAAGUGCAUUUGAAUGGAGGGUAUCUUCUAACAUAAAAGAGAAGCAUUCAAACAAUUUCCUUUUUGUUUGUUGGAUGCCAACUAUUUUGUUUCCUGGUGAAUUAUCUUCCCAAGUCGCACCAAUUUUUAUUUGUUCGGAUCUCUCCUCCGAAAUGACCUCCAUUUGAUUAUUAUUAUUAUUAUUUUACUUUUUAGUUGGCCAUUCUGUGUAAUUCAUACCAGAAGUCAUCUCUAUACAUAAUAAGUCCGUAUAAUAAUGGAUUAAAACUUGAUUUA